AGCAAGGGCAUUUUGUUAGACAAUGCUUAGUACAUGCCAUCAUUGGUGUUCCCCGUGGAUAAGCGACGGUGCUUGGCACUUUCAGUCGCCGGCACUUCCCAAGCUUUUUGAUUUUUCAAAUCCCUCUUUCCUUUCAAUGUAUUGUUAUUCAUUACCAUAAAAACAAAUGAUAGAAAAUUCAAAAGGGUGUUCCAAUUCUGAUUCCAAAGAAAUAAAGAAUUCCUAUUUCCGAAUCCCAAUAUGCUCCUGAAAUUCCCUGAUUUUCUUUAAUCAUUCUGUUUGACCACAGAGAGAGAGAGAGAGAGAGAGAGAGGUGGGUGUGUUUUGGGAAAAAGAUUAGAGAAUGUUGUGUAGAAUGAUUCCGAGGAAGAGGAAGACUGGGAAAGUACCGGUGUACCUGAACGUAUACGAUCUGACUCCCAUUAAUGGCUACGCUUACUGGGUCGGCCUUGGUGUUUACCACUCCGGUGUUCAAGUUCAUGGAGUGGAGUACGCUUUUGGUGCACAUGAGCAUCCAACAACAGGGAUAUUUGAAGUGGAACCAAAGCAAUGUCCAGGUUUCACAUUCAGAAAAUCGAUCUUGAUAGGAAAAACUGAUAUGGGUCCAAAAGAAGUCCGCACUUUCAUGGAAAAAUUGGCAGAGGGGUACUCAGGAAACACCUACAAUCUCAUCACUAAGAACUGCAAUCACUUCUGCAAUGAUGCUUGUCUCCAGCUAACAGGGAAGCCAAUACCUAGCUGGAUCAAUCGACUUGCUCGACUUGGUUUCCUCUGCAACUGCGUUCUCCCAGUGGGUUUAAAUGAGACAACUGUACGUCAUAUAACAUCAGAAGAUAGAGUUUAUGAGAAGAAAAAGCUGAGAAGCCAUUCAACUAGGUUCUUUUCUUCUUCUAACCCUCUCCCUCCAGGUUCUGCAACGAGAUGUAGUAAACAAAAAUGUCACACCCCUUCCUCUUCAUCAUUGACUCAUUUAACUUCACCACCAUCUAUGAAGCUUUAGUAGCAGUUGGAUUUCAAAACUUCAGAUUGUUACAGAAUCGAGAAGGAACUUAAACAAAAGAUGUGGCAAAAUUGAAUAGUAUCAAUAUUUUCACCUUCUUAUCUGAUUUUGCAAAUAUUUUCUUUCUUUUCUUUUGUUUUGCUUUGUUUUGUUUUGUCAAGGUACAAAUUGAAACAACUGCUUGGAAAAUGUUGCAGUGUUUCUGUUUUUUGUAAAGGGUUUUCGAUAUUCUCCUAAAUGAAUUAUCUUUUCUUGCUAUUUUAUUUCCAAAUCCUAAAAUCCCCAC